GCCCGGAGCUUGGCUGCGGCGGCGCCCGCCGAGCCGGGGCGGACGCGGGCCGGGACGCGCGCGGGGAGCGGGGAGCCGGGCUCCGGGCGGCCGCAGGAUGGCGGAGGCUAUCGGCUGUACUCUGAACUGCAGUUGCCCAAGUUUCAAACCGGGCAAAAUGAACCACCGGCAGUGUGAGCAGUGCAGACACGGAUGGGUGGCUCACGCGCUCAGCAAGCUGAGGAUCCCCCCCAUGUAUCCAACAAGCCAGGUGGAGAUCGUCCAGUACAAUGUGGUGUUUGACAUCAGCAGCCUCAUGCUCUACGGGACCCAGGCCAUCCCCGUGCGCCUGAAAAUCCUCCUGGACCGGCUCUUCAGCGUGCUGAAGCGAGACGAGGUCCUGCAGAUCCUGCACGCCCUGGACUGGACCAUUCAGGACUACAUCCGGGGAUACGUGCUGCAGGACGCGUCGGGAAAGGUGCUGGAUCACUGGAGCAUCAUGACCAGCGAGGAGGAGGUGGCCACCUUGCAGCAGUUCCUGCGUUUCGGGGAGACCAAGUCCAUCGUGGAGCUCAUGGCCGGUCCAGAGAAGGACGAGCCGGCCGUCACCGCCCCGCCCUCCGCGGCGAGCGUGGACCUCCGGGCUUUCCUCGAGAGCUGCGGCCACAGGAGCAGCGCCAGCCUCCCCGCGCCCGCGGACCCGGGGAGCCCCGGCGGCGGCGGCGGCGGCGUGCACCCCUCCGAGGGCCUCAUCCACGGCAUGACAUUCAUGCUGCCCUUGCAGUUCUUCAGCCCCGUGCUGCCCGCGCUGAUGGGGCCGGACCUGGGCCAGGACCCCCGGCAGGACGUCCACGGGGGGCCCUUCCCCGACGGCAGCUUCCUGGCCUCCAGCUCCACCCCGUUUCCUGUGGAAGAGGAGCCGUGUCCCGGCUGCCCCGACACCGCCCCUCCCAGGGGAGACGGCGCCCCCGAGAGGGACGCCGCCACCUGCAGCGUCGCCACCAAGCUGGAGAGGACGCAGCUGUCCCCCGAGGCCCGGGGCAGGCCCGAGGGGCACCGGCUGGGCGCCAAGAAGGGCCGGGUGUUCUGCACGGCCUGCGAGAAGACCUUCUACGACAAGGGCACCCUCAAGAUCCACUACAACGCCGUCCACCUGAAGAUCAAGCACAAGUGCACCAUCGAGGGCUGCAACAUGGUGUUCAGCUCCCUGCGCAGCCGCAACCGCCACAGCGCCAACCCCAACCCCCGGCUGCACAUGCCCAUGAACAGGAACAACAGGGACAAGGACCUCCGGAACGGCCUCGGCCUGGCCGCCCCCGACAGCUACGGGCGCCCGGGGAUCGACGUGCCGUCCCCGGGCCGCGGGCCUCUCCCCGGCGGCGGCUGCCCCGGUUCAGGCGAGGAUGCCAGGGGCCCGGCCGUCUUCCCCGGCGGCGGCGCCGGGCAGAACGGCGUGCUCUUCCCCAACCUGAGGACGGUGCAGCCGGUGCUUCCUUUCUACCGCAGCCCGGCCACCCCCGCCGAGCUGGCCAACACGCCGGGGAUGCUGCCGUCUCUGCCCCUGCUGUCGUCCUCCAUCUCGGAGCAGCUGGUUUCCAGCGCGGUGCCCUCCGAGGGCCUCCCCAAGAAGAAAUCCCGCAAGUCCAGCAUGCCCAUCAAGAUCGAGAAGGAGGAGGCCGUGGGCGCCGCCGACCAGAAGAGGCGGGCGCUCAGCUCGGAGGAAGACCGGCCCCUGCAGGUGGUCAGCGAAGACGAGCUGGAGGCCGGCAGCCCCGGGUCCGACGGGGCCCUGGAGGAGCAGCGGGCACCCUCAGGAUGCCCAGGGAGGCCUCUCCCCGAGGGGCAGCCGGCUUGCCGCCUCUCAUCGGUGAUCGAGCCCCGGGGGGUCAUCAGCAGGACCCCCGAGCAGGCCACACGCAACUCGGAGAGGGAGACGGAGCUGGAGCAGAAGCCGGCGCUGACCCUGGUGCCCGGGGAGGCGGAGGGUGGCGGCCGGGAGCUCCGCCUCCCCCCUGGGCUGGAGCCCUGCGUCCCUUUCCCAGACUACGUCAGGCUGCAGCAGCACCUGCUGGCGGGGGGCCUCCUGGGCGCCUUGUCCCCCCGAGGCAUGGCUUUCCCUUGUUUCGAAGAUCCGAAGGACCUGGAGCCCGCGGGUCAGCACACGUCGGCGGCGAGGCAGAGGGAAGAGCGACGCCACCACAUCUGUCAGAAGACCUUUGAGAAGGCUUGCGGUGUGACGACGACGAACGUGCACGCCAGGGAGACGCACGUGUGCACGGUGGAGGGCUGCCAAGCCACCUUCCCUUCCCGCAGGAGCAGGGACAGAACAAGUAGAAGGAAGGGGAAGAGACAGAGAAACACGGAUGUGAGAGAGACACCUCGAUUGGUUGCCUGCCUCACACACCCCGACCUGGGCCGGGGAUCGAGCCUGCAAUCAAGACACAGUUCCAACCUAAACCUCCACCAGAGAGGCUUGACCCAGGAAGCCCUGGAAAGCAGCAGCGAAGGCCAUUUCCGCGCCGCGUACCUUCUGAACGACGCGGCCAAGGAGGCCUAUCGGGACGCGGCCUGCACCCAGCAGGCCUCCCAGGCGUCGGUCAUCUUCAAGGGGGCCGGCCGGGUGGGCAGCCUGGUGCACCCGAUCGCCCAGGCGCACGGCGGCGCCGCCUUGGGGAGCUACCCCUCCGGCCCGCCGGGUGCCCCGCCGGGCGAAGGCACCGCCCUGGACCUGAGCACGACCUCCUCGAGCGUCAAGUCCGAGGGCAGCAGCCACUCCUCCUGGGACUCCGACGGGGCGAGCGAGGAGGGCGCCCCCGCCGCCGCCGCCGCGCUCCUGGGGGACAGCGAUGAUGGGAACGGCGAGGGCCCGGGCCUGGUGCCCGGGGAGGAGGAGGAGGAGGAGUACCCCAUCUGCGCCCUGAUGGAGAAGGCCGACCAGAGCCUCGCCGGCCUGCCCUCCGGGCUGCCCAUCGCGUGUCACCUCUGCCAGAAGACGUACAGGAACAAGGGGACCUUCAGGGCCCACUACAAAACCGUGCACCUCCGCCAGCUGCACAAGUGCAAGGUCCCCGGCUGCAACACCAUGUUCUCGUCCGUGCGCAGCCGCAACAGACACAGCCAGAACCCCAACCUGCACAAGAGCCUCGUCUCCUCCUCGCCAGGCCACCUCCAGUAACGAGAUGGGAAAGGGAGAGGCAACGGCAUUGCUUCCGGCAGAGAAGGCGGAACCAGGAGGGUCUGUUUGGGUCUUGAACACCAUUCGGGACAAGCCGGGCCCCCAAAGUAUUGGCGCUGACUUUCAGGUCCAGGGGGUCCUCCAACUUUUUAAACCAGUGGGGGGGCCAGUUCACUGUCCCUCAGACCGUUGGAGGGCCGGACUAUAGUUUUAAAAAAAAACUAUGAACAAAUUCCUAUGCACACUGCUAAGCAGGACAGGCAGCGGCGGCAAAAACGCCCGGCGGGCCGGAUGAAUGUCCUCGGCGGGCCGCGUGUGGCCCGCGGGCCGUAGUUUGAGGACCCCUGUUCUAGUCUCCUACCGCGGGAGGAGCGGGGCGUGGACGCGGGACAGCCUUUCCUGUCAUGUUUUUUUUUUUUU